AUGUUGAGGACUCAUGGGCUGAUUCGAACCAAUUUCAGUCAAAAAAUCGAAGAUUCUCAACGUAACAAUCCGGCUAGCUAUGAAACUUUUCUUUUUUAUGUCCACCUGCUCGUGGCCCUUCCACCAGGAAGGUACCCGGAAGGGUAUUUAGAAAGGGGCGGAAAUCUCAUAGAAGACAUCCACGACUCCUCCAAUCUCCAGCAAGCAAUCGGCAUCCCAAACGGAGAGAGGGCCGUCCGUCGCUUUCCAGGGGCAAGAUUGUAUGAACGGAUACGUCGCCGUCUCUCCCGCCCCGAUCCCCGAAGGCCCGUUGCUGACGAGGCUGCAAACGAAGUUUACAUGGAAGAACUGCGUCGGGCCAGGGCAUGGCACGAAGACAGAGCCGAGCAACAGGGUGUUCUUGCGCAUUGGAUCGACAAUCAGCACUUGCUUGAUCUCUACCGUCGAGCCCAAGCGUUGGAGCGAAGGCCUGUUGCUCAAGAAGCUGCAAACGAAGUUUACAUGGAUGAACUGCGUCGGGCUAGGGCAUGGCACGAAGACAGAGCCGAGAAACAGGGGAUUCUUGGGUAUUGGAUCGACAAUGAGCACUUGCUUGAUCUCUACCGUCAAGCCCAAGCGUUAACUUAG